AUGUCCGCUCCGCAAACUGUGGUCAUCGACGACGGCGUGAUAGCUCAGAUCGGGGCUGUGGACAGCCAUGAGUCUUCGGCAGUCCAAGUUGACGGGACAGGCAAAUUCUUGGUACCAGGCCUCAUCGACAGUCAUGUGCACAUAUCGACACCAAUGGCAUUAGAUGCACUCGCCUCUUACGGCGUCACGACAGCGGUCAAUCUAGCUUGCUACAACUAUACAUUCUGCUCAGCUUUGAUGAGCUUGGAGGGAACCGCAGACAUGAUUACAGCAUCACGCCCCGCGAUUGGGACUGACAGCGCCCACGCUCGCCUGCCUUUAGGUGAUAAUCCUCCUGGGUCAACACUGUCUCCGGGGGACAACACAUCCGCUUGGGUUGAGACUUGGGCAUUUCCGCCUGAGUCUUCAGCAUCUUUCCUGAAAGUCACCGCGGAGCCCGAUGGUCCUAAUCAGGAACUCCUCAAUGGAGUCGUGGCUGCAACGCAUGCAAAGGGCUACUACGCAGUGAUGCACGCAUCAUACCUGAGCGCAUACGAGCAGGCUAUCGUCGCCCGACCAGAGGGUAUUCAGCACAUCCCUGCCGAUGGCAUCAUGCCUACGCGCAUCGCAAGGCAAAUCGCAGCACAAGACCAGUUUGUCACACCUACCAUGGCGAUUUUCCGCGUAGGCGCCAACUCCCAGCUCCUGCGCCAGCUUCUGGGGCAAAACUACACCUGGCCUGUCAUGCAAGCGAACCUCCACGCACUCAUCGCCGCCGGGGUUACGAUUCUCGCAGGUACAGAUUCCGCUGACCUUCGUGCUGCAAAUGUCACAAUGCCGUACGGCUUCAAUCUACAUUGUGAACUGGAGUUUUUGGUCGAGGCAGGCAUGCGGCCCAUCGACGCUUUGAGAGCCGCAACGGCACUUCCAGCCAAGCUACAGAACAUGUACGAUCGUGGGGUGGUGCACGUAGGCAAGCGCGCAGAUCUAGUCUUGCUAAAUGCAAAUCCGUUGGUGAACAUCUCGAACACGAGAGAUAUUGCUCGGGUGUGGGUGGCGGGCGUGGCAUACGCGGAUGUAUCUCACGACGUUAAACAGCGGUGCUCGCAGUUAAACUUGAUAGCGAGGGAUUUCUGGUAG